AUGGCUACACCUUAUAUCAACACCCCGGGCACCGAUCGUGGCGACGCGACCUUCUUAUCGCACCACAACCUCGACCUGUCCUUCGCACAGCCAUUUGCUUCGCCGUCGAAGAAUGCCGGGGAGAACCUGCGCAAUCACAUGAAGGGCAUGCGCAGCAUAUCGCAGCCCCUCAAAACCCCUUGGGCACGUAACGCGCUGGUCGAUCGUCGAAAUCCUGGUGGCGUGUCAAAGUCGCAGGAGUUCACACCAUUGCUGAAGAGUGCGCAGAGGAACCAGAUGCUGCACCGGAGUGUGCUGGAGGACAAGGAAAACACUCAUGCCGAGAGUGACAUGCCUACGCCUGCUGGCUUUCGGUCAAGCUAUGCUGAGCAGGCCACACAACUGCCGGUGGACUCUUCAAUACUGGACCCUGACGAUACAAACAGCUCAGCGAACGGCAACCGCCAAAGUACGCCCGUCCCUCCUGCCGCCAGCUCAAGUAUGCUCGAUUCGACACCAAUGCCACAAGUGCCACAGCGAGGCGAAGGUGGUGUUCUUAAUCAAGGCAAUGGCCUGACCUUGCGCGACCAGGAAGCCAAGCUGGACCAGAUCCAGAAGGACAACUUCGGCCUCAAGCUGAAGAUACACUACCUUGAGGAAGCACUGCGGAAGACCGGCACAUCUUUCCAGCAGGCGACGAUCAAAGAAAACGUCGAGCUCAAGACUGAGAAGGUUACGUUACAGCAGGACAUGACGAGACAGCGGAAGCGACUCCAAGACGCAUCGCAACAGCUUGAAGAAUAUCGACAGAAGUAUGAGGAGUAUGUCAAGUGGGUACAGAAGCGACAUGCCAAUGAGCGUGAAAGUGAGGAGCUGGAGCGUCUGGCAAAGCUCGCGGAGGAGAACCAGCGUAUCGCACAGGAACGUGAAAAGGAGCUGGAGAGCAUGCGACGGAAGCUCGACAAGGCAGAGAAGGCACAGGAUGGUGAGCAGGGCCGGGCUGCCGAGGAGCUGGACGAUUUGAAGGAAGAUAUGCAGUCUCUGGAAGCAGACCUACGGGAGCGCGAUAGGCAGCUUGACGACAGGAGGGAGGAGCUAGAGAAACUGCAGGAGCAGCUUAGCACGACAGACUCCGCGACAGCCAAUGCUAAUCACUUGCAAGAAGACAUCCAGGAUCUCGAGACGGAGCUGAAGGGGAAGGACGAAGAGCUGGGAGCUAAGAAUGCCGAACUGGACUCCCAGAAGGAGAGGAUCACCGAGCUGGAGGAGCGCGUUAACCAGGUGUAUGAUCGCGAGAAGUCGACCAAGAAGCUACGUGGCGACGUCUCCGGAUUGGAGGUCCAGCUUCGAGAGCGACAGAAUGCCCUAGACGAAAGCGAAGAGCAAGUCCGUUCACUGGAGAAGCGACUGCAGUCUGUCGAGGCCGGUAAUGCUGCUGAAAUUCGUCAGCAUGAUGAUGAUCUGCGUGCUGCGCAGUCAGAUCUGGCCGAGAAGGAAGGCGAAUUUCGACAGCGUGGCGACGAUCUGCGUAAUGUGCAGAGAGAACUUGCCGACAAGGAUGGUGAAAUUCAAGCCUUGCAGGAGCGACUACAGGCUGCACGCGGGAGCUGGGAUGCUGAGGCUCAGGAGACUGACGCUCGCAUUCAGGCCAAGGAUCGUGUGAUCCAAGAGAAGGAGGCUCGACUUCGCGAGAAGUCACAGGUCAUUGAGGAGCGUGAUGAGGAGCUUGCGGAUCUGCAGAAGCGUCUGCGAGCUGCAGAAGGCAAGCAAGAUGAGGCCACACGAGACCAACGCCAGAAGAUUCAUGAUCAGGCUGAGCAGGUCCGAGAACUGCAGGAGAAGGUCCGUGUCGCGAGUGCAAGCUCCCAAGCCAAGUUGAACAAGAAGGACGGCCUCAUUCAGUCCCGCGAGGAGGAGCUGCAGACACUGCAGAGUCGCAUCAGUGCCCUUCAGUCUGGUGAAAGUGCGCAGCUUCGACAGAAGAGUGAGCAGGUCCGCGAACUCGAGACGUCGCUCAAGCAACAGGAGAAUCAGGAAAAAGAUCAGUCCCGACAGAUCACGUCACUGAAAGCUCGUCUCGGUGCAAUGGAAACACCAUCAAAGAAAGACAGCUUGAUCAGACAGCAAUCAGAACAAGUCAGAUCACUUCAACAGCGAUUGCAGAAGCUCGAGGAAGACAAGGACACCGAGCUGGACGAGCUGGAUCAGCAACUGCAGAACAUGGAGGCUGACAACGUUAAUCUACACAAGACGAUCGCCGACUUGAAGAAGCGUGGUGAGGCUGCAGAGCGAGAGCACAGCAUGCUAGGUCAUCGCGACGAGGACCUGGAAGCCAACCAGCAGCGCAUCAACCAGCAGCGCAUCAACCAGCUGGAGGAUGAACUCGAGGCCCUCCAGUCUGGCCUUGAAAAGGCCAACUCCCGUGCUGAGUCAACUUCUGCCAAGGAUCACAGUAUACUUGGACACAAGGAUGAGGACAUCAAGACCCGCCAAGCCCGACUCGACGAGCUAGAGGAUGAGGUUCAGCGUCUACAGCAACAGCUCCAGAAAGCAGUCGAAGAACGUCAAAGCGACGUACGAAGUCUCGAGCAGGAGCUUGCGCUUGCUCAUGCGAAUGGCCAAGGCGACGUCGAACAAGCACAAAUUCGACUGCAGAGUCUGAAGGCCGAAUUGACUGCUGGACACGCUGAAGCCAAGCAGGCAUUGGAAGAUGAAUUGCUCGUGCUUAGUGCGGAUUUUGACAGUCUCGAGACUGAGAAGAUUGCAUUGCAGCAGCGUGUGGAGGAACUCGAGAGCGAGGUGAAGACUGCCUGGAGAGCGAAGGACAACGGCACUCCAGCUCGCGAACGCAAUGAUCUGCGUCUGAGACUCAAGACUGUCGAGAGUGAUCGCGAUGCCCUCAAGGCUACUGUCAAGAGUCUUGAGUCUGAAGUAGAUGCCGCGCUGAAGUCUAAGACAUCUGGUACACCAGCUCGGGAGAGGACAGAGCUUCGUCAGAAGCUGAGAGAGGCUGAGGCCAAGGUUGAUCGUCUUCAGGAUCGUGUUGACGAGCUCGAGACGGAGCUGCAAUUCGCACAGCAGGAGAAGACCAUUGCUGAGGAGCGCAUGGAUCUGCAUGACUUGAUCAAGCAAGCCAAGAUCGAGGCUGAGGAGCUCCAGCUCCAACUUGCGGAUCGCGAUCGAAAGAUCGCUGCGGCAACGAGGAAGGAGCAUGAUCUCCGUGCGCAGCUUGACGUCGCCAAGACUGAUGUUGAGGACCUUAAUGCUCAGAUAUCGGAGAUGGAGAGCCGAGCACUGUCUUCCUCAGGCAAAGAGCGCGAGCUACGCAGCCAGCUUCGAGAGCUUAAGGACGCCAAAAUCCAGAUCGAGGAGCUAGAGGCACAGGUCGGCGACCGCAGAGGCUCCUCUUCUGGCCAUGCCAGGCGGGAGGUCGAGCUACGACAGUCAGUCCGCGAUGCGAAGAUUGAGCUCGAGAGCCUCCAAAUUGAGAUGGCAGAGAAGGACGAGCGACUUCAGUCUGCUAUUCGCAAGGAGCAGGAGUUGCGCGAACGCCUGAAGAAGUCCCGCUCAGACGACACCGUCCAGCAGGAUCUCCAAGGCCAACUUGACGAUGCCGACCUCGAGCUGCAGACCCUGCAAACUCAACUCCAUGAUCGCGAGACCAAGCUCAGGACUGCUAGCAAGCGGGAGCAGGAGCUUCGUGCACGUUUGCAGAGUCUACAGCAAGCUGCAGAGAACGACAAGACGCUGGAUGAGAAGCACUGGAACAAGCAGCUUGUGGUGGCCGAAAAGCGCCAUGAAGGCGAGUUGAAGGGUCUGGCGAAACAGAUCCAGUUCCUGCGAGCCAAGUGUGAGCGCGAAGAGGCAUUCCGAGCGGAUCUGGCGUACAGUAAGAGUUUCUUCUUGAUGCAGGUGCAGAUGUACCAGAAAUGCAACGAACUCGACCUUCGCCUUCUAGAGGACAUGGGCAUCACACCCGAUAUCUCCUUUCGCGAGCGGAAGCACUCCCUCAAAACUGUUGGGUUGAUGGUGAUGGCUACCGUGCGUAUGAAGAAGAUGCAGCAGAGUUGGGCGGGGAGUAAGAAGGUACAGGAGAGUUUGGUGAGGAAGUUGGAAGGGAUGAGGAGGAAGAAGGAGGUGAAGUAG